AUGGAGCUCUCAAAAAAUAAGUGCAUCAAGAAUGAAGAUGGAGAAGUGAAAACAACGAUCAAUUCAAGUUUGCUUUCCCGUCUACUUGGUAGGGACCUUUCAAUAAAUUGUCUCAUUCGAUGCUCAAGAUUCGAUUAUGCAACACUUGCCUUAUUAAAUAGAAGUUUUCGAUCUCUUAUUAAGAGUGGACUAUUAUACCGUCUAAGAAGAAAGGCAAGUAUAAUAAAGCAUUGGAUUUACUACUCCUAUAACCCCCUGGAAUGGGAGGCCUUUGACCCAAAUGGAUGCCAUUGGAUGAGAUUGCCCAUGAUGCCUUCAAAUGAAUGUUUUAUGUGUUCAGAUAAGGAGUCUUUAGCUGUUGGUACAGAGCUUCUUGUUUUUGGAAGAGAUAUAUUGUCUCCUAUCAUUUACAAGUAUAACAUUUUAACAAACAUUUGGUCCUCAAGUAUGACAAUGAAUACUCACAGAUGCUUAUUUGCCUCUGCAAGCCUCCGAGAAAUUGCCAUUAUAGCUGGGGGAUGUGAUCCACUAGGCAACAUCUUAGACUCAGCCGAGGUUUAUAACUCAGAAACAGGAAGGUUUGAGAAUCUUCCAAGCAUGAAUAAGGCAAGAAAAAUGUGUUCUGGUUUUUUCAUGGAUGGAAAGUUUUAUGUAAUUGGUGGAGUUGAUCAAGACAUGAUGCAACUAGCAUGUGGAGAGGAAUUUGACCCCCUGACAAGAACAUGGCGAGUUAUAUCCAACAUGUUCCCUAGAAAAAUUGAUGAACUUGUGAAUGGAACAUCCCAUGCUACCAUGGCACCUCCCUUAGUUGCUGUUGUGAAUAACAUUUUGUAUGCUGCAGAUUAUGAAGAACAAGUGGUGAAGAGAUAUGACAAAGAACAAAACUCAUGGCUCAAUAUUGGAGGACUUCCUGAGCGGGUGGCUGCAAUAAAUGGUUGGGGAUUAGCCUUUAAGGCUUGUGGAGAUAUUUUAAUCUUCAUUGGUGGUGUACAUGGAAGAAUGAUUGAAGUAUAUUCUUGCAUCCCAGAUGAGGAAGGUUCACUACAAUGGAACCUACUUGCCAGCAGACAGUCAGGGAACUUUGUGUAUAAUUGCACUGUCAUGGGAUGUUAA